UUCUCCCAUUAUGGCGGAGCGGCCAGCCGUGCGGAUGGACUGUCUCUCCCACUCUGAUGCUUGUUUCGUGUCGUGAAGGAGGGCGUUUUAUUUAUAAUUUUUUAACAUUUCCCCGGCAACAGCCCGGUUUCUUUUCGACUAGACUGCACUCGUGUUUAUCGGCGAAGUCAUGGCAGACCGCGGCGUGGAUUUGUCCGCCCUGCCAAAAGAGGUUAGAGACCAGUUGGCGGAGUUGGAUCUGGAGCUGUCUGAAGGUGACAUCACACAGAAGGGCUAUGAGAAGAAGAAAGCCAAGCUGCUGGCCUCCUACAUCCCCCAUUUGCCAAAUGUGGAUCUGUCUCUGCCAGAUGUACAGCUCUCCCCAGGCCACAGUGCCGACCCCAGCCCAAGUCCUGAGGCCCCGGGCCCCUCCACCUCUUCGGCCUCCAGACACCACCGUACACACCGCAGUGGAGGGGCCAGGGACGAUCGCUACAGAUCGGACAUCCACACAGAGGCUGUGCAGGCAGCACUGGCCAAACACAAAGAAGAGAAGAUGGCGCUGCCCAUGCCAACCAAGAGACGCUCAGCUUUUGUCCAGUCUCCCAUAGAUACCUGCACACCUCCAGACACGUCUUCUGCAUCAGAGGAUGAAGGCUCACUGCGCAGGAAGGCCGCCCUCAGCGCGGUGCUGGCCCAGAGCCUGCAGAGCCCUGAUUACUGGAUCAACCGUUCCGUCCAAAGCUCCUCCACGUCCUCGUCUGCUUCCUCCACCCUCUCCCAUGGAGAGCCCAAGACCCAACCACAGCCCCAGCUUCAGCCUGCUGUUUCCUUAUUGGCCGACGUACUGGCACACACACGCAUAGAAAACAGUGUCCCCCCAGAUGUGACAUCCUCCACUCCCCAGGAUAGAGGGUCCAGGGUGGACCUGCCUCCGGCGGUCAGGGGCAUGAGCCGCGGACAGAGCCGCUCCAGCAUGCUCGAUACUGCUGACGGCGUGCCUGUCAACAGCAGGGUGUCCACUAAGAUCCAGCAGCUGUUGAAUACACUCAAACGGCCCAAAAGACCACCACUCAGCGAAUUCUUCCUUGAUGACUCUGAGGAAAUUGUAGAAGUUCCCCAGCCGGACCCUAACACCCCGAAGCCUGAGGGACGUCAAAUCAUUCCGGUGAAAGGGGAGCCCCUCGGGGUGGUCAGUAACUGGCCUCCUGCCCUGCAGGCUGCUCUGGCCCGCUGGGGGGCCACCCAGGCCAAGAGUCCUGCCCUCACUGCUCUGGACAUCACUGGCAAACCCCUUUACACACUCACAUACGGCAAACUGUGGAGUCGCAGUCUGAAGUUGGCCUAUACACUGCUGAAUAAACUGGGCACCAAGACUGAGCCUGUCCUACAACCUGGAGACCGGGUGGCGUUGGUGUAUCCCAACAGUGACCCUGGCAUGUUCUGGGUGGCUUUCUAUGGCUGCCUGUUAGCCGAGGUCAUCCCUGUGCCCAUAGAGGUACCACUGUCACGACAGGAUGCAGGCAGCCAGCAGAUUGGCUUCCUGUUGGGCAGCUGUGGUGUUAGUCUGGCGCUGACCAGUGAGGUGUGUCUCAAAGGGCUUCCCAAGACACCAAACGGAGAGAUCAUCCAGUUCAAAGGAUGGCCAAGGAUGAAAUGGGUAGUGACAGACACCAAGUACCUGACCAAACCAUCCAAAGACUGGCAGCCUCACAUCCCCACCGCCAACACAGACACCGCCUACAUAGAGUACAAAGCAAGUAAGGAGGGAACAGUGAUGGGAGUCGCUGUGUCCAAGAUCUCCAUGCUGACCCACUGUCAGGCCCUGACCCAGGCCUGUAACUACUGUGAAGGGGAGACGUUGGUCAAUGUGUUGGACUGCAAGAAGGAUAUGGGAAUGUGGCAUGGCGUCUUAACGAGUGUCAUGAAUAGAAUCCACACCAUCACAGUGCCAUAUGCUGUCAUGAAAGCCUGUCCUAUGUCCUGGGUGCAGAGGGUCCACAUUCACAAAGCACGUGUGGCCUUGGUGAAGUGCCGUGACCUCCACUGGGCCAUGAUGGCCCACAAGGAACAGAGAGACACCAACUUGUCCUCUAUACGUAUGCUGAUUGUAGCAGAUGGAGCAAACCCAUGGUCUGUGUCGUCAUGUGACGCUUUCCUGAAUGUGUUCCAGUCUCAUGGUCUGAAGCCUGAGGUCAUUUGUCCAUGUGCCACCUCUCCUGAGGCCUUGACUGUGGCCAUACGCAGACCUGGUGCACGAGGAGCUCCACUGCCUGCCAGGGCCAUCCUGUCCAUGGGCGGGCUGAGCCACGGCGUGAUCAGGGUGAACACAGAGGACAAAAACUCUGCGCUCACCGUUCAGGAUGUGGGCCACAUUAUGCCUGGAGCUCUGAUGUGCAUUGUGAAACCUGACGGGCCUCCUCAGCUGUGCAAGACAGACGAAAUAGGAGAGAUUGUGAUCAACUCUCGGGCUGGAGGCACCAUGUACUAUGGCCUGCCUGGUGUCACAAAGAACACAUUUGAGGUGAUCCCUGUCAACCAAGUUGGAGCACCCAUUGGAGAAAUUCCCUUUACUCGGACCGGCCUCCUGGGAUUCGUAGGACCGGGCAGUCUAGUGUUUGUUGUGGGGAAGAUUGAAGGGCUGCUGAUGGUGAGUGGGCGACGCCACAACGCAGACGACCUGGUGGCCACCGCGCUCGCAGUGGAGCCUGUCAAAACAGUUUACAGGGGGAGGAUCGCUGUGUUCUCAGUGACAGUGUUCUAUGAUGAGCGGAUAGUGAUUGUGGCAGAGCAGAGGCCUGAUGCCAGUGAGGAGGACAGCUUCCAGUGGAUGAGUCGAGUACUGCAGGCCAUCGACAGUAUCCACCAGGUCGGCCUGUACUGCCUCGCGCUCGUCCCAGCCAACACCCUCCCCAAGACGCCACUUGGAGGCAUCCACAUCUGUGAAACCAAGCAGAACUUUCUGGAGGGAAACCUUCACCCCUGUAAUAUCCUCAUGUGCCCUCACACCUGUGUUACCAAUCUACCCAAACCACGGCAGAAACAGCCAGUGGAUGUUGGACCAGCUUCGAUGCUUGUUGGCAACCUGGUGGCAGGGAAACGCAUCGCCCAGGCUACGGGCAGAGAGCUGGGUGUGGUGGAGGACCAGGAUCUGAUCCGAAAGCUCUGUAUGUGGCCCACCAUGAUGCACCAGUUCUUGUCUGAAGCUCUGCAGUGGAGAGCCCAAACCGACCCAGACCAUGUCCUGUAUGUGCUGCUCAAUGCCAAGGGGGUGGCAGUGUGCACAGCCACUUGUGCUCAGCUACACAAGAGAGCAGAGAAAAUUACAGCCACCCUAAUGGAGAGAGGAGGCCUCAACACAGGAGACAAUGUGGUGCUGCUUUAUCCCCCAGGUAUUGACCUGAUAGCUGCCUUCUAUGGUUGUCUCUAUGCGGGGGUCAUCCCUGUGACAGUGAGGCCGCCUCACCCACAGAACCUGGCUGCUACUCUCCCCACUGUCCGAAUGAUCAUCGAUGUGAGCAAAGCAGCCUGCAUCCUUACCACUCAGCCUCUCAUGAGGAUCCUCAGGUCCAGGGAGGCUGCUGCCAGCGUCAACAUCAAGACGUGGCCCACGAUCAUUGACACAGAUGAUCUCCCCAGAAAGCGGCCUCCGCACAUCUAUAAACCCCCCACCGCUGAGAUGCUGGCCUACCUGGACUUCAGUGUGUCCACCACAGGCAUGUUGACUGGAGUCAAGAUGUCUCAUGCUGCCGUCAGUACACUGUGCCGCUCCAUUAAGCUACAGUGUGAGCUCUACUCCUCACGCCAAAUAGCCAUCUGUCUGGACCCGUACUGUGGCCUGGGCUUUGUCCUGUGGUGCCUCUCCAGUGUUUACUCAGGUCACCAGUCCAUCCUCAUCCCUCCCCUGGAGCUGGAGAGCUCACUGCCUCUGUGGCUGAGCACGCUCAGUCAGUACAAGAUCAGAGACACUUUCUGCUCCUACUCUGUCAUGGAGCUCUGCACCAAAGGCCUGGGCACCCAGACAGAGAUGCUGAAGGCGCGGGGUCUCAAUCUGUCGUGCGUGCGGAGCUGUGUGGUGAUAGCAGAGGAGCGCCCUCGUCUCGCUCUCACGCAGUCCUUCUCCAAGCUCUUCAAAGACCUCGGCCUGUCACCGCGUGCCGUCAGCACGGCCUUCGGCUCCAGGGUCAACCUGGCCAUCUGCCUGCAGGGUACUGCUGGACCAGACCCCUCCACAGUCUACGUUGACAUGAAGUCACUGCGUCACGACAGGGUGAGGCUAGUGGAGCGAGGAGCGCCACAGAGUCUCCCGCUCAUGGAGUCAGGCACUAUCCUGCCGGGAGUGAGGGUCAUCAUAGUCAACCCAGAGACCAGAGGCCCGCUGGGAGAUUCACAUCUUGGGGAGAUCUGGGUGAACAGUCCUCAUAGCGCCAGCGGCUACUACACCAUCUACGGGGAGGAGGGCCUGCAGGCGGAUCACUUCAACACCAGACUCAGCUUUGGAGAGCCCCACACUCUGUGGGCCAGGACGGGCUACCUGGGCUUCAUCAAGAGGACUGAGCUCCUGGAUGCAAGCGGAGAUCGUCAUGACGCCUUGUUUGUGGUGGGAUCCCUUGAUGAAACAUUGGAGUUGAGGGGUUUGCGUUAUCAUCCCAUCGACAUCGAGACAUCUGUGUCCCGAGCCCACCGCAGCAUCGCAGAGAGCGCUGUGUUUACAUGGACAAACCUGCUGGUGGUGGUGGCGGAGCUGAGCGGCUCGGAGCAGGAGGCCUUGGACCUGGUGCCCCUCGUCACCAACGUGGUCCUGGAGGAGCACCACCUCAUCGUCGGGGUGGUGGUCAUCGUGGACCCCGGGGUGAUCCCCAUCAACUCCAGAGGAGAGAAGCAGAGGAUGCACCUGCGAGACUCCUUCCUGGCAGACCAACUGGACCCCAUCUACGUGGCCUACAACAUGUGAACAGCCCUCACCAACCGAUGCAGAAAACUGAGCCAGGCUCUGAGGACAGACAUGAGGGAGAAGGAAUCGGGGUGUGUUCAGUAGCAGCCCCGAUAUUAAACCUCAGACACACAUUCAAAACACCAAACAAUGUGGGAAUGCGAGUGCAGUACCGGUGCUGUAAUGAGAACGUGCUUCCCUCUGAAACUGUUCCUUCUUUGCUUCCACCUGCUCGAGCGCUGCAGUCCAAGUUCACUGAGAUUUUCUCUCCUCUGAACAGUAGACACAUCUGUCAACUGGAGGAAAUUUGAUCUUCAUCCUCUUGUGCAUCCCACUUCUCCCUAAUAGCUCCAAUUCAUGUUUUUUAUAAGACAUUUUUAAUUACAUACUUUCAUCAGAGAAAGAAAUCCUACCCUCCUCCAUUCCUUGGUUUUUAUCCUGAACCAUUCAUCCCUGUGUUUAUGUUUUGAACCCCCUCGAUUCUUGAGGGCAGGAUGGUGCACUGGAACUGCUGAGAGGAGCUGGAACUUUGCCCCCCUUGCACUUUGAAGUCCUCGCACCUCUGAGUCCACUUCCUGUCUCACCUGCCUCAAGGGGACCCCCCCCCCCCAAUGUCUGCUGCUGUCACUAGAGCAAAUCCACAACAGUAUUACAAAGUGCCACCAGCAAGUGCAGCCCAGAGGGGCGAUCCUGAUGCAUUACCUUCCUACCAGGUGCACCGUGGCUGUCGCCUCCAAUCACAUACUGUAUUUGCCAGCAGACACGCUGUCGGCAUUCACAUGUUACAAAAUGUCCUAAAAAAAUACACCAGAGUUAUUUGUUAGUGUGGGAAGAGAAAGACUCACUUCAUAAAUGUUACAAAGCUGGAUAGUAAAGAUGAAACAGAUUCUUCAUUUCCGCUGUAAGUAGGCCUCGGUCCGUUAGAUAGUUCUCAUGAUUGUGAUAGUACUAAUACAUUUUUUUAAAAGCACCAAUUUUCAGAAGAAGAGUUGAAGCUAUGCCUGGUGUUGAGCUGUGCAUGUUAGUUCGGAAGUCAAUCAAUGUCUACAUACAGUCCAAAAAAAAAAAACAACAACAAAAAAACCAAACAAGCCCAGGAGUCACACAGCAGUGGACUGGUGGGUGAAGCACUGUGUCUGCUGAUGAUUUUAACAGAGCUUCGCCCCAUUUUGUGCCUCUCAUGUUAGAAUUACAUACAAGUCAAAGCACAUGCAUCUGUUUCAACGAAAAAUAAAUACACUUAAAAACACUGACUGCUGUUCAGGAGAGAUUUCCAGACUUCUCAAAGACUUUUCCAAUCAUCUGGAUGAAUGAAUCCUCCAUCUGUUGUACAGAGAAGAACAUUUUUGACUCUUUUCCAGGGCUACAAAUUGUAUUUCCUAUUUCACUUAACAGGAAGUGACAUACUGUAUGUCCUUGUGAUUUUUGUAACACACAAGUAAAAAUAUGAACAUGUUAUUUUGCAUGAAAAUAUGAAAUAUUCAGAAGAAACAUUGAUAUUUAUCGGUUAAACUGAUAGUAAAAUUUAAAAUUAAGGUUCAUAUACAAGGAGGAAGGAUGUGUUUAUUUCUGGUCAUUGUUUGGAUUAGAAAAUACAGUUGCAACACAGGAAACAGGUUACAUUUUUUUUAUCAUGUAGCAAACAGUAUUUUUUCAUCCGGAUGUUUAGUCUUUGAGGAUUCUGGAAAUAUCUUCAGAACAGUAAAUGUUGAUAAAUAACCUUCUGGUUUAUUUUUUGGAAAAUCAGAUUCUUUGCUUUGAAACUCAAAUGUAAUAAAUCAGCAGAUCGCCAAAAAAACUAAGAUAAAAAGGAUAAACUCAAGGUCAACUUACCGACUUAUUGGAGGGCUUUUGACAAUCUACAACUCCAUGACAACUGUGCAAACUGCUGAAGAAGACUGUGGCAAAUGAUUGAAAACUUCAGAAGAAGCAAGUAAGUAGACCUUGAGUUGAGUUUUUUUUGUCAAGGGCUGGCGGAGUCUCACAGGAAGAGUCACUGUCUCCUGGCUUGAACUGAAGCGAGCUGCGAGCUUUCAGCUCGUGUGUAGUUACCCAUCUCAAAGCAAAGAGCAUCUUUCAUUUAAAGCCGAUUAGAUAAAUGGAGAUCAUCAGAAGGCAAGUCACAGCGCCUUUUUAUUUUGACAUUCACGAUCAUGGACUGAUGAAUUUCUAGAGAAUAAGAUCAAGAAUGAGGACAGAACUUUGCCUUACUAAACCUGUGGAACUUCAGUACUUCUUACAUUUAAUCCCUCAUUUCUGGCUGUAUGAUUAAUGUUCUUAAAGAACUGUUCCCCUGUUUUCCACAUGUUGAAUCCCCAGUUCAUAAUUCAAAACAUACUCAUAUACUUUUUUUUUUUUGUUUAGAGGAAGGGGGGUGUCUUGUUCUUUUUUAAGUUUGUGGUCAUGCCUUUCUCAUUUCAUCAUUAUCAUUUAAACCAAUUCUCUCUGAAUGUCUCUAACACUGAAAAAAAAAAGUUAAAUUAAGAAUGAACAACAAUCAGUGAGCAACUCGUGAUUUAAAAAUGGCAGAAUCCUCCUUUAACAGAAAAAGGGAGGUAAUAAAUGAGAGCAAGGGUGUUGUCUGUAUACUGUAUUUUAGAGGUCAAAUACUGUAUUACUGGUGUUAAUGUGUACAUGGAAAUGAACUUUGUCGAUUUGAAAAAAAAAAAAAAACUUGACUGAUCUUUCAUACUUGACAGCAUUUUUCUGCAUUGUUAAUUUAAUGGUAUCACAUUGCAAAAGAGAAAAAAAAGGUUUCAGAUUAUUUUGGCAGGAACAAUGUGCACUUUCCCAAUAUCAUUUUGUGUGUGUGUGUGUGUGUGUGCGCGCGUAUGUACAAGAGGGAGUGUGUGUGUGAGCGCGUCCAGUUUAACAGUGAUAUUUGGCUUCUCUGGUGCAACAAGGUUUGUCUUUUGUAAGAAAAUAAUCCCAGAAUAUUAAACCAUUUUUUUGUUUCUUCUUUUUUCUCUUUUUUUUUUAUGUCGCCUCCACUGUAUUUUUAAUUCUUUUCACCCAAAAUUGGAAUUUAAUAUAUUUUAUAGAGGUUUCAUCAAUAUUUUCCUGAUCUAAUCUUUAUUUUAAAACUGCACAACUUCUGCAAACAGCAGUUUAGUUUAGAAGCAGCUUGACACUCAGUACAGUAAACCACUUUUCAUUCAGUGACGGACACUGACGACAUGUUUGCGAGCCAGUAUCUGGGACAAGUUAGAGUUACUCAUGAAUAACAAACUGAAGCUUCUGAGCGACUGUGUGAUAAUUGCUUUGUUGCUACUGUUUCACUCCGACAAGUUUUAAUAAAGUUUUAUAAUUUCAUGUCGCCCUUCAAGCCUUUUCAAUAGACAUUGGUGCUAUUCAAUAAGGGAAAGUUGACAGACUUUAGUCCUCCAAUGUCAUUACAAGCAAGGUUUCUUCCUGGAUGCCCUUUCUGUGUGAAAAUAAGUCAUUCUUUUUCCAUGCCAACAUCUUCAAAGUUUUCACUCGCUGCUCGGUUCUGAAAUUGUUGGUCAUCACCACUUUUCAUCGGCUCUGAGAUCUGAUGAAAAAUCUCUCAACAGGCAACUUCACGAGGACAAUGCCAGUCGACAUUUUUCCAUUUGAAUAUUUAUUUCAGUUUCCAAGUUGUCAUGUUGUGAGCAACUUUUCAAACCUCCAAAGUUCUUCUUAAGCACAAAAUAUAAAUGUAACAUGUGAGGUAAUGAAAUUAGGAUCUUUCACGCAAAAGUCACAAAUCUCAAGGGCCCACAAUGUAUACCUCAACGACUGUCUGUUCACUAUGCAUCGUCGAGCUGCAGCAAAGACAUUCUGAACUAGUCAAUGGUGCGAUAACUUCUAACAACAUGUCUUACUUGACAAAAACACUGUCACACUGUCAUUGGAUGUGUUUCACGUCAAAUAAAGAAAAAAAUGCUUUGUCAGA